AUUAUACUGUUAAUCUCAUGCAUUGGUGGUCUUGCGUGUCCAGUUCUCGUGAAGCUUCAUGGCAGAAAGCAACUGAGAUGCUUGUGGAUGUUGCUAGUCAAGGGGAAACGAGUGGCUAUGAGAUGCCUUGCCUUAUCGUUGCCAAUAAGGAUGAUCUUGAUCCUUAUUUGACUGAAAUUCAAGAUUCGACACGGGUAAGCCAGGACAUGGGAAUAGAGACUCCUAUACCUGUCAGCGCGAAGCUAGGAGAUUUCAGUAAUUUAUUUCAAAGGAUUGUAAAUGCAGCCAUGAACCCUCAUAUGAGCAUUCCUGAAACUGCCGCAGGGAAAAGCCGUAAGCAGUAUCACAGGCUUGUCAAUCGUUCCCUCUUGUUUGUAUCAGUUGGGGCUGCUGUGGCCAUUGUUGGGCUGGCUGCUUAUCGUGUUUAUGCUGCAAGAAAGAAUUCUUCGAGUUAGAAGUAGCAACAUUACCAUUAAAGUAUGGAGGAUUUGAAUAAUUUAUAGUGCAGUUCUUGUCCAAGGGUUCUGCUGGUUGCAUUUUGUUGCGGGUUUUUACAUCAGGCAGAAUUGUAGUUCACGUGUUGCAUUUUAAUAUUUCGAUAGUGCAUGUUCGGUUGUGAUGGUAAUUAGGUUAUGCGAACAACUAUUUGUGGUGGUUGGUAAGAGACGAGAGUGAAGGUGAUUGCGGGAAGUGGUCAUGGGGGAUAAGCGGUGGUUCUGUUUUGCGGUUGGUGGCAUGGGGUGGUGAAUGGAGGCUGGCUGAGCGCUUUGGGUAUGUCAAUUGUUGUCUUCCAAAUUGUUGAAAAUUAUUUAACUGAAUAAUGUUGCAAAUUUUUUAUGUAAUUGUUGGCAUGCUAACUUA